GUGUGGAAAGACGUUCAAACUGAAAAGUAGUCUUAUGAACCACAUGUUAGUUCAUGCUGGAAUAAAACCUUUUACCUGUUCUGAGUGUGGAAAAAGUUUCACGCAGAGAAAACGACUCACUGUGCAUGUGCGUAUUCACUCUUCUGAAAAGCCUUUCAGCUGCUCUCAGUGUGGAAAGACGUUCAAACUGAAAAGUAGUCUUAUGUAUCACAUGUUAGCUCAUGCUGGAAUAAAACCAUUCACCUGCUCUGAGUGUGGAAGGAGUUUCACACAGAAAAAACAACUCAAUGAGCAUGUGCGUAUUCACUCUUCUGAAAAACCUUUCACCUGUUCUGAGUGUGGAAGGAGUUUCACUCUGAAAAAACAACUCGAUUUGCAUGAGCGUGUUCACUCUUCUGAAAAGCCUUUUAGCUGCUCUCAGUGUGGAAACACUUUCAAACUGAAGAAAAGCCUUAAGUACCACAUGUUAGUUCAUGCUGGAAUAAAACCAUUCACCUGCUCUGAGUGUGGAAAAAGUUUCACGCAGAGAACACGACUCAACGAGCAUGUGCGUAUUCACUCUUCUGAAAAGCCUUUCAGCUGCGCUCAGUGUGGAAAGAGUUUCACUCUGAAAACUCAACUCAAUAAGCAUGUGCCUAUUCACUCUUCUGAAAAGCCUUUCAGCUGCUCUCAGUGUGGAAUGAGUUUCACACGUAAAGCAAGCCUUAAUGAUCACAUGAUAAUGCAUACUGGGAAAAAUCCUUUCAACUGCUCUCAGUGUGGAAAGACUUUCAAACAGAAGAGAAACCUUGUGCACCACAAGUUAAUUCAUGCUGGAAAAAAGCCUUUCUGCUGCUCUCAGUGUGGAAAGAGUUUUACACACAAAAAAAAUCUCAAUGAGCAUGUGUUUAUUCACUCUUCAGAAAAGCCUUUCACCUGCUCUCAGUGUGAAAAGAGUUUCACACGUAAAGCAAACCUGAAGAAUCACAUGUUCAUUCACAGUGGAAUAAAGCCUUUUGUCUGCUCACAGUGUGGAAAGAGUUUCAUUCAGAAAGUUCAACUCAAGAUUCAUUUGAUAACUCACUCUUCGGAAAAGUCUUUCACCUGAUCUCAGAGUGGAAACCAUUUCAGUCGUAAAGAAUGCCUUAAGAUUCACAUUGAUCCAUAAAAGCCUUUUACUUGCUCUCAGUGUGGAAUCAGUUUUUCCUAUAAGCAAGGAUUUAAUUUUCACAUGAGAAUUCACAGUGAAGCAGAGUUGUCCGUGUGAGAAGAUUUGGAAAGCUGGUGUCAGAACUCAUCUUCAUCGCAAUCACUGUGCCAUGAGGAAAUUGAACUGAUCUGGAAGGAGAUUUCUAAGGAUUGUCUCUAAUGCUGGGCGGUAAUACUGUUUCACACCGAAUACUGGUGUUUAUUUUUCGUAUGAUAUCAACUUUUAAAAUACCGGAAUACCUUUGUCGUCUAAACAACGUUCGGAACGCGACACUAUUUGAGAGCCGUCACUUCACACAAGCAUGACUUCAGAACUAUAUUUAGCAACUUUCAGACCCAACUUUUUCAACUUUCAGAUUAAUUUGAUUCUGGCUUAAUUUUUUGACCUCAGUUGCAAGGUGGAGGAUUUUCAAUCUAUUCUGUCAUUAUUCAUUUUUGUUUUGCCAAUUUUAUCCUUCAUAACUGUGUUUUUUAUGAGAUGUCCGCUUUUAGGCAUUAAAGGCAUUCAUUUGUUUUGGGGGCAUUUACAAUCAAAUACUGAAAACAUUUUAUGCAUUUUGGUACUUAUUAAGAGUUAAUUUUUCAUUUUUUCCCAGUCACUUUGGCUUAAUUCUUUAAUUGUGAUUUUUAUAAUUAAGCUCUCUUUGAACAAUAUUUUUGGUCAGACAAAUUUGAAUUUCAUAUUAGUUUAAGCAAAUUGCAUUGCUAUGUAUGACUUCUAUGAAAGAAAUGUGUGUAAUAUCAAUUUUCUUUUUACAUGUAAUGCAUUUCUACACAAAUAAAUGUACUGUACAUAUUCAAAUGUGAACAUAUACUUCAAACAUCUCUAUGUCUCAUUGUUCAUUCUUGAAGUAAAAUUGUGUCCAUUUUGUAGAUUAAGUAAACUGUUUUAGACCACU